GCAGCCAUCCGGAGUGGUUCCGGAUGAGCCAUCCGGAUUGGUUCCCAUUGUGGAUAGCGUUGCGUACCUUCAGCUUUCAGCUCUCGCGCCAAGGCAGCAAAAGGCGGAUGACCAUGCGGAGGGGAAGCGCAAGCCGAGGACAACCGUGAAGAAGAAGAAGAAGAAAGAAGGAUUUAUUAGAGCGGUAACGGCGGAUGGCGAUGGAUCUCCGAAUCCUUUCCUGCAACGGCCAUGGCUCUUUCCUGCUCGCCUCCUCUCCAUAUCGAAAUCGAUUCCUCCUCCCGAGACCAGAAAAUGGCGGCCACCACCACUCCAGUAGGAAAAGCCCAAAGAAGAUCACGUCCUCCUCCUCGUCCGUUCCCACUCACCGCGUCACCGUCCACAACCGCCAGCGGGGAGUCGUCCACCACUUCCUUGUCCCCGAGGACCAGUACAUCCUCCACACCGCGGAAGCCCAGAACAUCUCCCUCCCCUUUGCCUGCCGCCACGGUUGCUGUACAAGCUGUGCAGUUCGAAUAAAAUCUGGUCAAAUUAAACAACCCGAUGCUCUUGGAAUAUCUGCGGAACUGAAAUCUAAGGGUUAUGCAUUACUUUGUGUGGGCUUCCCAUCUUCUGAUAUUGAAGUUGAAACUCAGGAUGAGGAUGAGGUUUACUGGCUUCAAUUUGGACGAUAUUUUGCACGAGGACCUAUUGAAAGGGAUGACUAUGCACUGGAGCUGGCCGUGGGUGAUGAAUGAUACAUGCCUAAAGGAUUGAAAGCAGAGUCUAGCCUUUAUACUAAGGGAAAAACAGAAACAAGGCAGGAUCAGGACUUGAGAAAUCACAGACCCACUGUGUGUGAUGGAGACAUACAUGGCCAAGUAGGUCUAGCAUGCCUCAUUGAUGUGGAUAGAUGGAUUGACAAUAACAAUGUUCGCCAAAUUAUUUAAAAAAUCCUUGAAUUAUUCUCAAUUUUUUCUUUGGUUGAAUGGUUCUGUAUAUGAAUUAUUGUCGAUCAGCAAAUCAAACUGGACGCAUACUUCAGGAUUUGUUCACAACUUAGUCAAAGCUACUUUGGAAAUGUAUAUGCUCACAAACUGAAGAUAGUGGACAUUGUUAA